UAUGUUAUUUUUAGCAGAAAGUAUAUAAUAAUAAUGGCUUUAAUGGACCUUAUUAGCUUAGGAGCUGAUAAGCAAGCUGUUGUAUUUGAUAUUGGUGCAGCAUUUACAAAAAUUGGAUUUGCUGGAGAAUUUAGUCCUCGCCAUAUAAUUCGAUCAGAGAUAAAAACAAUGAUUAAAGGUGACCUAGUGACUUCUAAAUUAUUUAAAGACAAUAACAAUAUUGAUUGUAAUGAACUUCGUGAAUUUUUCCACAUGAUUUACUUUAAAUAUUUACUUGUCAACCCAAAAGAGCGAAGAGUUGUUAUUUGUGAUUCCAUUUUGAAAUCAAUUAAUGUCAGAAACCUUAUUGCCCAAGUGUUAUUUAAAGAUUUUGAAAUUAUAUCUUUAUGUUUUAUAUCUAGUCAUUUAUUAGCAGUAUUUUCACUUGGACUUAAAACUGGUCUAGUAAUUGACUGUGGUUAUACAGAAACCACUGUUGUUCCAAUUUUUGAGGAAUUGCCUAUAUUAUCUGCUAUGGAAUAUAUUAAUCUUGCUGGCAAGGCUGUGCAUCAACAUAUCAAUGACCAGAUUUUAAAAAAUGGAAUUGUUGAAUCAAAUGGUAAUGAAAAGCUUGCAAAUUCUGUUAUAACUUCCGUUGAUGAGGUUGUUCUAGAGGACAUAAAAUCUCAGUGCUGUUUUGUUGGUCGAUUUUCAUCAAAUUUAAUUGCAGUUCCUGUUAAAUAUCAUAUAAAUGGUGGCCUGGUUUUAAAUGUUAGUGGAAAGCUGCGUGCUUGUUCCCUUGAUAUAUUAUUUCAAGGGAAUGAUGAUGACCAGUCCAUUACAACAACGAUUUUAGAUUCAAUUCUAAAAUGUCCAAUUGACUGUCGUAAACUGUUAGCUGAAAAUAUUGUAGUUGUUGGGGGUACUUGUAUGUCAACAGGUUUUCUGCCUCGAUUGUAUUCUGAGUUGAAUCAUUUAAUUACUACAGAACCUUAUAAAGAUAAAUUAUUUUUAAAAAAAUUUGUUUUCCACAAAACUGCAAUUCCAGAAAAUUGCAGUGUCUGGUUGGGUGGUGCCAUGUUUAGUGCUCUGGAAUUACUUGCAGAACAAUCCAUUAGUCGAGAAGCUUAUCAAUUAAAUCCGAAAAUUCCUGACUGGUCUUCUAUGUUAUCAGUCAGUAAAGAAGACCUUUCAAAAUCACAUAGUGAAAAGUAUAAAUGGGAAGGCUUUAGAAAAACACUACCAUUAUCCAAUCCAAAAUUUUUACCAGUUUCAUAUAGUUCAGAGUUAAUUAAAUAGAUUUCAGUUUUGUUAAAUAA